AUGGGCUUGUUUCAUCUCUCGCCCACGAUACGCGAGGACUUCGUGGUCGGGCAGCGCCGCGUUACUUGCGAAACGUCGGGGUUCACGAAGCAACUAGACGAAACCCGGUCGCGGGUAUGCAGGACGCGUACGCAGACGAGAGGAUGUGUUCACCGCGAUCGAAAAUGCAUAGAGCGCUCUCGCUACCCCAAAAUGAUAUCGGCACCUGUCGCCACCGGCGAAGUCCUCGUCCACCCUGACGAGCACGUCGAUGCGUGUGUGUGCAAAGUCCGUACGAGCGACCGCUCUGAGAUCUUCGAGGCCGAAAACCGUCGCUUGCCGCCCUCGCCACCGGGCUUCCUCCAUUGGCCCGACGCCAGACGGCGACUAGUGCUGCAAUGA